UUUGUUGAUUGUAGUUUAGCUUUAGCAAUAAUUAAGUAUUUUGUUAUCAAAGAAGACAAUCAGUUAAACAAUUGGAUAGGAAAGUCAGCUACUUACAUAUCUGAGAAUGCAAUUGAACUAUUUAGAAAAAAAGCUAAGCUCAUAGAAUACAUAACUGGAAAAAGUGAUAAAAGGAUAGAAUCAAUAAUUGAUGACAUGUCAGAAGAGGAAUUACUCAAAAUAAAUAUUU